ACAUAUCUGAAGUCAUUACCAUCGCGACGGUAUCCAUUAUUAUGACGCCAUAGAGCGCAUUUCAAAAGUUUAGAAUGUUGGCGCGCGCGGUAUAUAAAGCGAUGGAAUUCUGUGAAACAUUUUGUUGGUUUGUAGUAGUGGUCGAAGACGAGAGUUAUUAGCGGUUAUCAGUGAUGGGACAGCGAAAUUCUCGUGUUAUUCCGGUAAAUGAUGGCGCGGUGUACGAUCACCAUCCCAGUACACCCCCAACACCCGACACCGACAAGGCGGAGCAACACUUCCAUCCGUGCGAUGAGCCGCCUGUCGAUGCCGGUGAGGGAGACGCCCAGAGGAGGGAGGAGGAGGAGCGGAGGGAGGCAUGGGGUGAGGAGGAGGAGGAGAUGAAGAAGAAGAGGAAAAAGAAGUUCUGGAGACUGCCCUCUUUCCUCAAAGCUGCCAGAAAACACCUCAAGGUGAUCCGACCGAGUCAGACUGAGGUGCAGCUUAUUGAGCCACCAUCGCCAGCCAGCAGCGCUGAUGAUGAUAUUAUGUGCCGCUAUGAGCUCGGUGAUCGUCUGGGGGUAGGCGGGUUUGGUGUCGUUCAUGAAGCGAGUCGUGUGGAGGAUGGCCUUAAGGUGGCAUUGAAAGACGUCAUGAAGACCCAUGACAUGGAAUAUCUAACUAUUCCUGGUCAUCCAAACCCCCUCCCAGUGGAGAUCGCCCUUACACUCUUGGCCAACAAGGGACCCAGCGCACCAGAGAUUAUAAAGCUGCUGGACUGGCAGGACCAACGGGACAACUAUGUCAUGGUCCUCGAGUGUCCGUCACCGUGUGAGAACUUAGUCAGUUUCUUGGAGGGCCACGGAGGAAGAAUCGAAGAAGGUUUAGUUCGGCACAUCAUGCGGCAGGCAACGCGGGCGGCUCGCACAUGUUGUCGCCGUGGGGUAUUCCAUGGAGACAUAAAGUUGGAAAACUUCAUUGUGAGCAAGGACACCCUACAGGUCAAGUUGAUCGACUUUGGGUGUGGGGACCUCAUGAGAAAGUAUGCCUACACGACAUUGUAUGGCACCAUGGAGUACUACCCUCCUGAGUACAGGCUCAAGGGCAAGUACCAUGCGAAGUCUGCAAUGUCGUGGUCUCUUGGGGUCAUCUUGUUCACAAUGCUGUGCGGCCGUUUUCCAACUGGCAAUGACCUGCAGAAGACCGAACUAAACCUUUGGUCAGAGCCUGGACUGUCAAAGGACUGCUGCAGUUUGAUCUGUAGUCUGCUCCAGCAUAAAACUAAGCGACGGCUCGGUCUGGGGAAGAUCCUUCAACACGACUGGUUUCAGGUCUCCAUAUAAGUCGUGGGGAAAAGGAGCUUCGACCCCAGACAUUUCCCAGUCUCCUGUCAGCUUUGCAUCUUGACGGCUGGCAGGAAGACUGUUCAUUCCUCUGUGAAUCCUCUGCAUCUUGCGGAGCCGGCAGGCCAUGGAAUGCUGCUGAACCAGAGGUUCCUGCCAUGGACAGCUUAAAGGCAUGUAAUGGGCUUCCUCGUCUCAGAGCUCCACUGCCCUGGUUCCUCAGCGGUUCCUCUCAUGGCUACCCACAAGUCCAAGGUUUGAUGUCCCAGAGGUUCCUUCUACGGUGCUCCAGGUCUCUCAGUCUUGCUGCUCUGGUACCAGAACUUCCUGUAGUGGCUACCUGGUCUUCAACUCCUUGUCAUGACUGCACACUCUCAAAAGUUGCCCUGGAUAGUGAGGUCCCUGCAAAGUCAGCUGGGUCCCAGAGGUUCUAGCACUGGCCACUCAGAGAGGUUCAUGCCACGGUCCAGUCUCAGAUGUUCUUCUCAUGGCUGUCUCACAUGCACUGCUCCAUGUGAUGGAUGCCCCGGGUCCCAGAAGUUUCUGAAAUCAGGGGCGCUGCACAAAGAUCCUGGGCCCUAGCAUAGGCAGUCCUAAUGCCCCCCCCCCCCCAACCCCCCACCCCUCUUGAAAAUAUAUAUUCCAGACUUUUUCAAGGGCCCUCUCUUCCUUUGGGGCCCUGGUGAUCAGUACUGGUUUUACCCCAAGUCCGACGCCCCUGUCUGUAAUAGCUGCAUCUGCUCUUUAAAUACUUUUCUCAUGUCAGAAAGGAAGAAAAACAGCUUGCAUUUUAAACUGGAAAGAUUAAAAGGUCUACUUAUCACCUGUGGUUUUAUGUCAUUUUCUACAUCUUGUAUUUUUAUUGUGACAGCAUCACUAUUUUUCACAGUUAAAAUGUUC